GUUCGUUUGUAUUUGAUUGGAGAGCUCGGUGCUGCGUUAACGUAAACGGAGAUUAGUUAAUGCAAGUCUUGAAUCCGUUACAGUCUGAUUCUCACAUCGAUAAAUAGUCUCUUAUCUGUAGUAUGUGUUGAUUUUCCAGUCGUAAACAGCAGUCAUGGUAGAGCCAACAGCACACUCAUUUCCAUCCCUGAAAGAGGAGCUGGAAUACUGGAAAGAACAAGCACAAAAACACCAGCAAAGGGCGGAUGAGGCUCAGGAAGAGCUGCAGGAAUUCCAGCAGAUGAGUCGAGACUAUGAGGCAGAGCUGGAAACGGAGUUAAAGCAGUGUGAAGGUCGGAACAAAGAACUGCUGCUGGAUAACAACAGAUUCCGCAUGGAACUAGAAAGCAUAAAGGAGAAAUUCGAGGCGCAGCAUUCAGAGGCCUUCAGGCACAUCUCAACACUGGAGGACGAUCUGGCCGAGACCAAGGCGGUCAGAGACCAUCUACAGAAGUAUAUCAGGGAGCUAGAACAGUCCAAUGAUGACCUAGAGAGGACUAAAAGGGCUACCAUCAUGUCUCUGGAGGACUUCGAGCAGCGCAUGAACCAGGUCAUCGAGAGGAACGCUUUCCUGGAAAGCGAGCUGGACGAGAAGGAGAACCUGCUGGAGUCCGUUCAGAGACUAAAGGAUGAAGCCAGAGACCUCCGCCAGGAGCUGGCCGUCCGUCAGAAGGAGAGACGGCCGUCCAGCAGCCUGGGCAAAGACUCAGACCGCUCGGAAAUGCUGUGCUCCUCUCCGCCCAAUCCGUCCAUCCCCAUCAUGCCCUCCAAACCCGUGGCCUCGUACAUGACGCCCCCUGCCUCCAGCAUCCGCAGGGGAGACGGUCUAACAGGAACCCCUCUGACCACAUCUGCUAGAAUAUCUGCACUGAACAUUGUCGGGGAGCUGCUGAGAAAAGUUGGGAAUUUGGAGUCGAAGCUUGCGUCCUGUCGAGACUUUGUCUACGAGACGUCCUCCAACAGACCGAUGCUCCCCGCCGGGCCCUGCAGCCCUUCAGGUUUAGACGCGGGUCCUGAGGUCCAGGCCAGCAGCUUCAGCCCUCCUCCUCAGUACGACAGUCUGGUGAAGCGGUUAGAGUUCGGACCGGCUCCUCCCAGAGUUGUAUCCCACAGUCCCCAGUCUCCGCAGGGAGGGGUGAAGAUCCUGCUGUAAGACGGUUCUACAGAACCCGGUACUCUGAGCUCAGCUCGUCUGCCCUAGUUGAACAGAGAGAGCGCCGUUUUCGGAUCAGGAGAAAAGCAGAGCGACUCCGCCCAUCAGCGCAUGGACUCCCGCUGCCUUAAGCUCAACAUAUAACCACAGAAAGCUGCUCCACGUUCUUAACGAGCCCACCGCUCAUCUCUUCCACUCUUAUCUACGCAGCCGUCUGCGUCGACGCUUUCUGUGACGGAUCAAAGCACACCUGACUCUGACUUAGUGAAGCCGCUGCGCCUGCCUAUCGAUCGCGACCUACACGGGGGGGGGGGGAAGGGAGGGGAAGAGCGACGGCGACUACAGCCGUCUGGGAGAUGAGCCUGGAACAGGGACCAAGAACCUGAACUUGGGUUUUAGCUAACGUUGUGUUUCUGACCAAACUGAAGCUGUGAUUAAACAUAAAUGGAUAUAAAUCCAUUGGGUUGGGUUUUUAUUUUUUUUUAAAUAAGUUAAAAUAUCUAUCCUUAAUAUUUAAUCUGGUGUUUAUCCCAACCUGCUUCCAUUUCAUACCCAUAAAACCAUUAGUGUAUUUUUUUAAAUGAAUUAAAUACAAGCAGUCACUUAAAUGCUCAAAUGACACCUUUUUUUCUGAAAACCUUAGAUUUGUACCCUCUAUUGAUUUGUGAUCACAAAUCAGUGGAAUCAAUAAAAGUCCCAGAGUAACCUGCUUCCAGUAGAUUAGUUAUUAUUCACACAACCACAUUUCUUUUCAGCUGAUGAUAGCAUUUACCGUUUAUUGUGAUUAACCAAAAAAUAUGAAAUGGUAAGGGUAACAGCAUUUUGAACUAUAAUAGAAUAAUUUUAUUUUGAUGCAUUUCUUUUAAAUUUUGUCUCAGUUUUCAGUAAAACCUAAGGCAAUAAUUGAUACCAGAUUCAUAUUGACUCGAGACUUGAAAGUGUCAACCAGCUGUCCUUUCAGACAGCUGGUUGGCAGUGUGCAGCAGCACUUUGUACACUUAAAACAAAAAAAACCUUUUAACCCUUUUACUGCCCAAAUUUAUUUGCAAGUAUAUAAAGGCACAAAUUGUUUUGUUUUGUAAAAAGAAUUAGCAUAAUUUGAUAGAAUUUGUUAAUGUGGCUCCAGUAAGUGUUGAAUGAGCAUCAGCAGGCAGAAGUGGAAUAUUAUUUCCAACAUUGCUAGAUGUAGUUUGAAGCAGCUUCAAUAGUCUAAGGUGGUGGCGCUUAGUAGGGAUCAGCUUCUAAUAAGGUCUGCAGAGGUUUUAAAAAGAUGUAAGAUUUACAAGAACCCUUGAAUCUUCUUUCAUUGUUCCUGGGGUUUAAAAUCUCUUUAAUCACACAUGAGUAAUUUUUUUUCUUCCAUCCAUUCCAAUGCCCCUCCUCCAACUAUUGAUGCACAUUACUGGUCAGGAAGCUGAAGUUUUUCUCAUACUUCCAGAAAAGACCAAUUUGACUGAUAGUUUUUCCAUAGUCAAAAUAAAAACUACAUAAGGAAAUUACUUCCUGUUGGUAAUGUCAGCUUCUUCCCUUAAUAAAAUGAGUGUCGACUCCUUUCAUUAUUUUGUCUUCUAAUGAGAGAAAAAAUAUUGAGCUCUUGACAGAUGCAAUUUAUCAUCUUGUAGAUUUACGCAUUUCUGCAAAAUCUAUGCUGUUACAGAUUUUCAGGCAAUUAUAGCAUUUAACUUGGCACCCAUGCACUUCUGAAUGUACAGGUCUUUUGAGCAUCGAGGGUUAUG